UUUUCUUUACAGCUGGCGUGUUGAGUGCAGUGUAGGUCUGCGCUAUUCUGGAAGAAAUACUACGCAAAUCUCCUUUAUCCUCUGGGAUUAUUUACGCUUGUUUUUAAAUAUUCUGCUACAAAAAUAACGUAUGCUAACGCUCGAGACGUCGCCGUUAUUCACACCCUAAAAUAUGACCUCCAACAUCUCAUCUGUGUAGUUUUACUUUUAUAAAAACCGCUAAAAGGCAACAUUUCUACGUGUUUUUUCAGAGGUCAGUUCACCCAGUGACACAGGAAGUGUUCAAAGCUUUUGUAUUUUAGGAUAUAAUGAAGUCAAACUACCAGCUGACAGAGAUAAACUACGGCACGCGGCGGAUGUAUAUAAUUAAAACGACCAUAAACGAAUAAAUGAUGCUGUUUAUGCGAAUCAACAGGCUGUUUCCUACUGUGUCACUGGCGUUACCGAGACACGGAGCUCUUAUCCGCCGCAGCAUGGCCUCAGAAGAAACGACCCGGUUCGACUUUCUGGUGAUCGGUGGCGGGUCCGGAGGUCUGGCCGGUGCUCGGAGGGCGUCGGAACUCGGAGCAGCCAGCGCCGUGAUCGAGAGUGACAAACUCGGAGGUACCUGCGUGAAUGUUGGCUGUGUCCCAAAGAAGGUUAUGUGGAAUGCAGCAGUUCAUGCCGAGUAUCUCCACGAUCACAGCGACUACGGCUUUGACGUUGGAAAUGUUCGUUUCAGUUGGGAAGCUCUGAAGGCCAAAAGGGACGCUUAUGUUAGUCACUUAAAUCGCAUUUAUCGCAACAACCUUGACAAAGCCAAAGUCCAAACUAUCCAAGGCCAUGCCCGGUUUACAGAUGAUCCUGAGCCGACUGUGGAGGUCAAUGGAAGAAAAUAUACAGCGCCUCACAUCCUCAUUGCCACCGGAGGACAGCCUACUGUUCUGAGUGAUGCUGACAUUCCAGGGGGAAGUCUGGGCAUUACCAGUGAUGGCUUUUUUGAACUUGAAGCUCUGCCAAAGCGCACUGUGAUUGUGGGUGCGGGAUAUAUUGCAGUGGAGAUGGCCGGCAUCCUUUCCACCCUGGGGUCCAAAACAUCCCUCAUUAUUCGACAGACGGGAGUUUUGAGGAACUUUGACAGCUUCAUAAGCACAAACUGCACCAAAGAGCUGACCAACUCUGGUGUGGAUCUGUGGAAGAACUCUCAGGUGAAGUCUGUGUGUAAGAAGGAAAAAGGACUGGAGGUGACGCUCGUCACCAAAGACCCAGAGAAGAAGAACGACGAGGAGAAGAUCAGCACCAUCCAGGAGGUGGACUGCCUUCUCUGGGCCAUCGGCAGGCAGCCCAAAACUUCAGGACUGAAUAUCGGCGCCAUGGGUAUGGAUAUGGAUGAAAGAGGCCACAUCGUGGUGGAUGAGUUUCAGAACACCAGCAUACCAGGGAUCUACGCUGUCGGGGACGUUUGUGGCAAAGCUCUUCUCACACCUGUUGCCAUCGCUGCAGGCAGAAAGCUGGCCCACAGACUGUUUGAGGGCAAGAAGGACUCCAAGCUGGACUACUCGAGUAUCCCCACCGUGGUGUUCAGCCACCCACCCAUCGGAACCGUGGGCCUCACAGAAGAGGAGGCCAUUAAAUCUAGAGGAAAGGAGAAUGUGAAGAUCUACAAGACUUCUUUCACUCCGAUGUAUCACGCCAUCACGAGCAGGAAGAGUCAGUGCAUCAUGAAGCUGGUGUGUGAGGGGAAGGAGGAGAAGGUGGUGGGCCUGCACAUGCAGGGUCUAGGCUGUGAUGAGAUGCUGCAGGGCUUCGCUGUGGCCAUCAAAAUGGGUGCUACCAAAGCCGACUUCGACAAGACUGUCGCCAUUCACCCCACCUCGUCUGAGGAGUUUGUCACAAUGCGUUAAUCCCUCUAGACCAGCAACCCAGACAAGCAUACCGGGGCAGAGUCGCUCCUCUGAACCACUCUUGCGUCAACUUGACCACUUUCUAAAUUGACAUAGUUACAUUUUCUCUCAUUUAAGUGACAUUAUUCGUGCACAGUUUUUCAUCUUUUCUAACUUCUUCCGAAAUGGACCAAGACCGAGUUAUGGCCUUCUUAAACUGUACUGUGGCUCUUGAUUAUUGAUUGAAUAUUGUGAAUUCCAUUUGAAUGCUUGUGAAAUGGAAGUGAUGGAUCUGCAGCUAUUGUUGUCAAGUGAUUGCAUUUGGUAAUCAAAAAGAGCUCUCCUAGUGUAUGUGUUUGAUUUGUUCGUCACUUGUCAGAUGAAUAUUACAAACACUGCUACGGACAUAUUUACUGCUAAUGCAAGGCCGUAACAUAUCUACUGUACUGUUCUGAAGAUUCACUAAACACACAGGGUUUGUUUUCUUAA